UCCGCGAUCGCAAGAAGAACUAGUUUCAAUUCAAACGUUGACGACGCCGGUGGCAGCUCCUGCUCGCGAGUUCGUGGUUGGAGUUUGGGAGUGGAAAGGACUUAGAACUUUCGCACACUUUGGUUCUUUUGGAAGUUUUGGUUUCAGUUUCUGUUGAGUGUUGCAUUUUCUGGUAGUGCUGCAUUACGCAUCAGCAUAUCAGUGAAAAAUCGUGAGAACGCUUUUGCAAGAUUGAGAACUUAAGUUGCUUACGCUGCAGAACUGAAGGAAGCGAAGUUUUGGGAAAGUACUUGGACCCCUGAAGGAAGGUUUAGCUAUCGAUAGAUCUUUGAGGCGAUGAAGAGUGAUUCUGAUUUCAUUCAUUGAGUUCAUUCACAAGGACGAUCUUUCGAGUUAUUCACGACGGUGUACGGUGACCACAAAGCUUGGUGGAUUGGGAUCGUGGAAUUGCUUACUCGGAAGAAGUCUUGGCUUGCAGUUGGUUGGGGCUUCUGGUGUAGAACUCGCGGUGGAAUUGCUGCAGUUGCAAAGUUUCAAAUUCAGACCUGAAUCGUGCCUGGGUGAGUCGAGGUGAGGAAAAUUCCAACAAACGGUGCUUUCCGGUGCGGUGUACCACGAUCGUUUUCAGGUUGGGUAAACUGCACCUUUUCGAGGAAGAUCCGAAUGAUAUCAGAUUCGGUGUGAAACGCGUCUACCAUACAAGAACACUGUGUGUUAGAUGGGGCUGCCGUAUACGAGUUUGCCGGUAUAAUAGAAGAUCAAGUAUAUGAUCGAAGCCGUGUUGAAUAUUCAUAAGAAUUGAUUUUCGGGAUCCAACCAGUUUUUUUACACGCUCUUGCACUCUCUUUCUCUCAGUUUGUUCGGUGAAUAGUGGCGUUUGGUUCCGCGUUCUGUUCGAUUGACCGUGACCGUGAUUGUUGGUUUAUUCGCGAGGCGAAGAAUUUCUUAACUUCAUCACAGUAUCUCAAUAAGAAGAAGAAGGAGAAUCGCUAAGAAUCUGAGAGCGAACAGUGAACCGAAGUGACAUUUCUACCGUCGAAAGGAAUUCGCACUGUAAUUCACGCGCGGUGAAAAUUCAAAAGAAAAUCCCGCGCGCGCCUCUUUUUGGUGGCGGAACGUCUAGAAGAAAAAUCACCAACUGAAGAGUGAAGUGUCUGUCGUGCCGGCUGCCGACUUCUGUGCCGCAAAAAAAGGGGUGAGAGCAAUAAAAAGGAAAAUAUUUGUAAGCUGCUGAAAGAGCAGGGAAAGUUGCUUAGUUUAAUGUUGGCGGUUUUAAUGCGAAAAAGUAAAUCACACUAGGCGGGCCCUGUGAGCAAUAGAAUAGUGUGGGCGAAAAACGGAAAAUCCUAUCCUGGUGGGAGAAAGUGAGAGACUCCCAUUACAAAUAAGAACACGCCGGAAAAUUGGACUAGCAUCAUCACAAUCGUGCGAACAUCCCGGCAGACGUUGUAGUGUAGGCGGGUCGGUCGGUUCGCGUUUCGGUUUUUCAGUUCGCAACAGCCGCUUGAUGCACGCUGACACGUGAAACCCGUAUCGUGGGGUCGUGAAAUUCCGCGGGGUUCGCGGGUCCUCACAUCAUCCCCCGUUCUACUAGAUUCGAGUUUGCGAACCCUGGCAGGGACGACCAUUGCCAGGGGGGUGAAGGUGCUGCUGCUGGUGAGGAACAGGAAGACGACCUCUCGCGACGGUGCACCACGACGACCAUGACGACGCUGUGGUCCUCGCCCAAGUGUAGGGCCUUCACCGUGGUCGGUUUCUUGGUGGUGCUGCUAGUGACGAUCAUAGUGACUUUUAUGCGCCAUGGAAAUAGCAAUCCACAGCCUCAGCCGGCGCCUCCAGCGGGAAUCGGUGCCACAGUGGUCGCGAGUGAUAGGGGGAUCAGUACUACGGGGAGGACAACAAGCGGGAUUAGGAAGCAACCCGGGGGUAGUGAUGCGGUGCCGGGUUUAGUGCCGGAGGGUCCACCGGGUGGUGGAUAUGGAGCGGAUAAUGGCAGCAAAAAAACAGAUGAUUCGCCCAUUCUGCGAAGGCCGCUGGACGGCAGCAGUUGGACGUCUUUGAGUUCCGCCGGUAAUAAUGGAACGUCGGCGACCACGGAAUUCGACGAAGGGAUCCCUCGGUUACACGAUCCAGCGACGUCCGAAGUGGAGUACAUUAAGCCCACCAAAAUACACACGAAGCUGCACGAUAAAGACCUGCUGUACGAUUCGAAGACAAUGAGCUCUGAAACCCCCGGAGAACACUACGCACUUAAAUUCCACCCAACAGGCCUGUACCGCAAUAGGUCCUCACCAGUUUGGGAUCCUCACCCAGAAUACGAAAUCAACGCAUUUGGUCUGAAAAUGCAUAUAAAGCUGUGGCAGAAUGGCGAGUUCAUGCCAGAAGAUCCAAAAAAUAUCAAGGUGACGCACAUCUUCUCCGCCAACGAAACCCUGCAGAGGCCCGAGGACCACCUGGAUCACGAUCAGCUGAAGCGGUGCUACUACAAGGGUCGUGUGGUUGGCGACGACAAAUCCGAGGUUACCGUUUCGCUGUGCGAGGGGAUGACAGGACACAUUCGCACCUCACGGGGAUCGUUCCUCAUAGAACCGAGGGAAAAGUACAGGAACGAGAGCACCAACAUUUUGCACGCACUCUCCCGGGAACGGAGCGUGCAGGAGAAUGCCGUCGAUGGUUUAAAGCGGAGCGACUCGGCGGCACAGGACGACGGCAGUAACUGUGCCGUCGAUACCGAACAAGAAGAGCACGACAAGCACCUGGAAAGCAUUGAACUGCCAGACGGAAGCCCGAUCGGUAACGGAGAACAUCACGGCCGGAGGAGCCGAAGAAGCACGGCACACAUUGCGAACAACGAGUACACCAUCGAGGUGCUGGUGGCGGUGGACAAGAAGAUGCAGGAAUACCACAAGGAUACGCUCAAGUCGUACGUGCUGACGCUGAUGUCGAUCGUUUCCAGCAUUUACGCCGAUGCCAGCAUUGGAAAUUCAAUUAAGAUAGCAGUGGUGCAUAUCUUGUACCUCCACCAGGACUUGGCCGCACACAGCACGCUGGAUCUGAACGGCAGCAAAGGCGUAUCGGCAUCGGAAAUGUUGCAAGCGUUCUGUCGCAUCAAGCAGGCAUCGAACUUCCACCACGACACGGCCUUCCUGCUGACCAGGGAGCAAAUCUGCCGGCACCAGAUGAAGUGCGACACGCUGGGGCUGGCCGAGCUGGGAACCAUGUGCAAGCGGUCCUCGUGUGCGAUCGUGCAGGACAACGGACUGUCGGCGGCGUUCACGAUCGCACACGAACUCGGACAUGUAUUGAGUAUGCCCCAUGACGACGACGUUCGGUGCGCACCCUACCGAGGGGAAGGCAGCGCCAAGCAAAACAUCAUGUCCCGAAUGUUGGACCAGAACACGCAUCCCUGGUCCUGGUCCAACUGCUCCCGUCACUAUGUCACCGAGUACCUAGAACAGAACCAUGGCAGCUGCAUGUUGGACAAACCGAAAACGGACCUCAUCGAACCGUCUUCCUCGCAGACGAAACUGGCCGGCGAGAAGUUCACCAACCACCAGCAGUGCGAGCUGGUUUUCGGAAACGGCUCUCGCAUUUGCUCCUACAUGCCCGUUUGCGAGCGACUUUGGUGCAACAACGGCGACGAACUGCUCGGCUGUCGAACGCAACACAUGCCAUGGGCUGACGGCACUAGUUGCGGCGAUAAUCAGUGGUGCCAGAAGGGCAAAUGUGUGUACGUAAACCGGAAGGCACUGCAACCGCAGGACGGCGCCUGGGGUCAGUGGAGUCCGUUCAGCGAGUGCAGUCGCAGUUGCGGCGGAGGUGUACAGAUAUCGACGCGUACUUGCGAUUCGCCUCCACCGGCGAAUGGCGGCAAGUACUGCACCGGGAUGCGAAUGCAGUACAGGUCGUGCAAUACGCAGGAUUGUCCCGAGGGUACGCUGGACUUCCGGGAAGAACAGUGUCACGAGCUGGAUGGUAACAAUUUUGAGAUUCCCGGGCUUGAGAAACACGUCAAGUGGAUUCCCAAAUAUGGCGUCAAAGCAGAAGAUCAGUGCAAGCUGUAUUGUCGGGUGAAGAACUCGAACAGCUACUUCCUGUUGCGGGACAAAGUGAAGGACGGAACGCCUUGUAAGCAUCCGCUUGAAUCGUACGACAUGUGCAUCAAUGGGCUUUGCAGGCGAGCCGGUUGCGACUACGUGUUCGACUCCAAUGCUACAAUGGACAAGUGCGGCGUAUGUCGAGGCAACAACGAUACAUGCAGCGAAGUUGUAGGGAAAUUCUCGUUUUCAAAAAUGAACUAUUCCAAUAAGAAACCGCAGAAAAUUGUACGGAUACCACGUGGUGCUACCAACAUUAUUAUUAUUCAACGCGGGUAUACAGAUGACGGAAACUAUCUAGCAUUACGAGACGAAAACUACGAAUACAUUUUUAAUCCGCCGAAAACAACGGUUGUGUCCGGUUUCAAGAAACGGAUCUUUGCCGGCGUCAUGCUAGAAUAUAAUGGCCCAGACGAAGAGGUGGAAACAAUCCGAUCUGACUAUGGACGUCCUCUGAAGCAGGACCUGAUAGUCGAGCUGGUAUACUUUUCGAAAAUGCGCCCCGUCAGCGAGAACAUUGUGGAGUACAGUUACACCAUUCCGAUCGAUGUUCCCUCGGUAACGGUAUCGAAAACGCCUAUAUACGUACAGCAAAACCCUAGUCAGAACACGAUCCCGAAUUACCAGUGGAAAAUGUCCGAAUGGAGCGAAUGUGAUCAGGGUUGCUCCGGUAAGCGACAUCGAACGGCUGGGUGUUUUGAUAUUGAAACUGGUAAAGAAAGGCCGAUGCCCUUGUGCCGAAACAGUGUUAAACCCAGAGAUGACUACGAGCCUUGUAACGUGGAGUGCAAAUUUGAAUGGGAGCCUACUAGCUCCGAGUGUUCCAAUUCAUGUGGAGAAGGAAUCAAAAAUUUCCAGUACCAGUGCGUUCAACGAUACAUGGCAACUAUGCAGACCAACCCCGUAGAUCCAACGUAUUGUUCCAACAUUCGAAAGCCAAUCAGCAUUGAGAAGUGUGACGGACCAUGUCCAAAUGCUACACUAUCGUACAGCACUUGGGAGCCGUGUUCGCGAACGUGCGGUGGUGGAUAUCAGAAUCGUACCGUCAGCUGUCUCUCGUCUCCGGGUGGUUUCCGGAUAAGGGACGAGUUCUGCGCUAAACAGCCACGAGAGGAAACCGUCCGGCGCUGCAAUACGGGAAGCUGCCCCGAGUGGGCCCCAGGAGAACCGACACCGAAUCAGGUGAAACUGCUGCAGGAGUCUGCAACCUAUCUGUUCUCGGGCGAGGAAACGAAGCGUCAGCACGAGCACAACUACUAUCCGCACAGCUACAGCAACGGAUCGUCCGAUUCGUACAAGUGGUGCACCGGAACCUGGAGCAUAUGCAACGUCAAGUGCAACGGAGGCUACAAGCGACGAAAGGUGUAUUGCUGCUACAAGAACAACGAACUGGCAGAGGUCGACGAUCGGUACUGCAUGGCCGAGAAGAAACCCUCGAAUCAGACCAACUGCGGCAACUUCCGGUGCCCGCAGUGGAACUUUGGCCAAUGGGGCGAGUGCAAUGACGAUUGCAAACGCUAUCGUCAGGUGCUAUGUCAAGAUCACCGCGGCAAGGAGAGUAACGAAUGCCCAUGGAACCAGAAACCGCCCGAAAAGGAGUCGUGUUGCCAUUUCAAAUGGAGGAUUACUAACUGGAAGCCUUGUAAUGUGACGUGCGGUGGUGGCGACGGCUACCGAGUCGGCGAGCGUGUCUGUAUGCGUCUGUUCCCGAAGUCUGUCGAAAACCCGCAUCCGGUGAAAACCGGCCGUAAGGUCGACGCCAAACUCUGUGCCCACGAAAAGAUUCCACCGGCUAAGAAGCUGGUUCGCAAAUGUAAACCUUGUCAGUUCCGGUGGGAAGUAUCCCCGUGGUCAAAGUGUUCGGUUGGCUGCGGAGCUGGCCUGGCAACGCGCAAUGUUACCUGUAGUAAUGGUCGCAACACUGCGAACGUUUGCGAUCUCAAGCACAAACCUAGCAACGUGAAGCCAUGUGAAACGCACAGCUUCUGCCGCUGGAACACCGGACGAUGGAACAAAUGCAAAUGCGACGGCUUCCAACGAAGGAGCGUCAAAUGUUACGACGAACUGACGAAAACGGAAUCGAUUCGCUGUCUGGAGCCGAGGCCUGGCCAAAAACGAAAGUGCAGCCCGGCGCCGGACUGCCAACCGAGGUACAGUAAGUUGGUAAGCUACACCUGUCACGACAUUCAAAGAACCCGACGAACGCGACACGACGGUGAGUACAUGUUGACCGUCAAAGGGCAGCCGGUAAGCAUCUACUGCCAUAACAUGUCGUCCAACGCACCGACCGAGUAUCUAACGUUGCAGUCUGGGCUGCUCGAAAACUAUGCCAUCUACAACAACAAACGAGCGGAGAUCGCCGGCGUUUGCUCGCCAUCCAGUGCCGAUAGAGUUGACGAAAGCAUAGACUACGGAGCGACGCACUACCGCAAGAUUCGACUCAACAUCCACACGCUGCAGGUGCUUGUGGACGACCACCGGUUUACGGAUCGGUCCGGCAAGCCUCAGGCAUUCGGAUCGGCCGGCGAUUGCUACAGCAAUACCGGCCGCUGUCCGCAGGGAGACUUCUCGAUCAAUCUGGAAAAUACUCCCUUCCGGAUACGACCCCGCACUCAGUGGGAAACCAAGGGGGUCAACGCGGUGCUGAAUUUCCUGAUACGGUUGGAAGCACCGUACAAGAAAGUGCGAGCACGUUGCGGCGGUUACUGCGGCAUCUGUUCAGUGUCCCGAAGCACAGGGCUGUUCCUAGAGCUGGUGUGAAAUAUGGCUGGCCACUUUCCUACUCUCACGUAACGUUAGAGCUUGAUUGGUUCGCACCCGAGCGAAUGAAAUUCACAUUGCAAAAUACGGGAUUCGAUACCGCAGAUCUCGAGGCACGGGAUCGUUUGAAUCUGAACGGAUAUUGCGCAUUUCACAAGAGGAGCUCUGGAAUGGGCUGUGUACAAGAAAACUCCAUGAAAAACUCAAUAGGAGAAAUUUCACGACCGUAUCUCUGGGCAACGUCCUUUUGAUGCGUUGUUAGAGACCACCUGCAUGCGCUUUAAUGAAUCUCUAUUUACAAAAUUAGCCUAUUUUUACACACAAAAGCACGCAGCAAACUGCACUAUCGAAAUUCAUACAUUUUGCCUUAUGGAAGGUGGAACAAUUAUUGCAAUACGAACGUUU